AUGCCUUCAUGUCGAAUUUGUCUCGAGGCGCUGAAAAAGCCUGUGUCUCUUCCUUGUGGCCAUAUUUUCUGCAGUGACUGUAUCGUUAAAACCGUCCAGGCGGUAAAGCCAUACACUCAUCUCCACCCCUGCCCAAUAUGUCGCUCUUUCUACAACAUAGCACCUCUAAACUUCAAUAUUGUCCCGCCUAACCUGCGGCCUUUCGUGACACCCAGUAUCCGCAGGCUCUACAUCGAUGAUCCUCCCUCACAGCAGGCGUCCACAGACGCCAAGGAUACUUCAGAAAAUCCCGACAUCAAGGAGUCCUCUCCUUCCGAUGUCAAAGAACCUUCUCCCCCGGUGGUCAAAGAACCACCUGCGAUGUCUGCCUCCGCCCUUGAGCUUGCGCGGCUCCGUGCGGAGAACCAGGCACUGCGGAACAACUGCUCCAUGUGGCGGAAGCGAGCAGAGAUGCACGGAACCGCAAACCUGGGCUUACUCAACUUUGCGCGGAUGGUGCGCGACCAAGCUUCUAUGCUGGUGCGCGAGCGCGACGAGCUCAAACGACACUGCCAUGCUCUCAAACGCAAAAUGCAAGAUGUCGAAUUAAGCCAAUAUCCUGAACUGGCCCCUAUAGGACCUUUCCUACAGCUCACUACGGACGCCCGCGAGCACCAAAGCCGCUCUGGAUCCCCGGAUCCAGACUCCGUGCUCUUUGCUCCACAUCCAAUUCAAGUCUUCGACGAGCAUCCAGAAGUGAUGCCUGCCCAACAAUUCACUAGUCACCAUCAACCCGAAGCGUUCUCAGGGUCUUCGUCUUCUACGGAUGCAGACAUCUCGCGACCGAGGAAGAGAAUGAAGCCCGAUACUCCCUCUCCCUCAUUGGAUGAGAUGGCUCUGUCUGAGGUCGGCGACGUACUCUCACGAAUCGCCGCGCUGACAUCGACUGCCAGCCGUCCUUCGUAA